AAAACAAGACAAAAGCCUCCUCAGAAUCCACAGACGACAUCAACCUCUUCCCUCUCUUUCUCUCUCUUCCCUCUCUCUCUCUCUACGCCUAUGGCCGCCUCCAUUAAAGCUCCUCCCUCAUCCUCCUCGGCCCACGGACUCCCGACCCUGCGCCGCCGGUCCCAGCCAUUAUCGCCGUUCAAACCGGCGAAUUUUGCAGUCCGCCCGUCUCCGGCCCGCCGGCUCCGAUCCGCCAUCUCCUGCACCCUCGCCCGAGACGCCGCCGUUCGGAUGGAGGAGCCCGCCCGGCUGCUGAGGCCCGACUCGUUCGGCCGGUUCGGGAAGUUCGGCGGGAAGUACGUCCCCGAGACCCUGAUGCAGGCGCUGUCCGAGCUCGAGUCCGCGUUCCAUGCGCUCGCCGGGGAUGUUGAUUUUCAGAAAGAGUUGGAUGGGAUUUUGAAAGAUUAUGUUGGUAGGGAGAGUCCUCUUUACUUUGCAGAAAGGCUCACGGAGCAUUACAAGCGCCCAAAUGGUGAAGGGCCGCUCAUAUACCUCAAGAGGGAAGAUCUCAACCAUACCGGAGCUCACAAAAUCAACAACGCUGUUGCUCAGGCUUUGCUUGCAAAGCGACUGGGCAAAAAUCGGAUAAUUGCUGAAACUGGAGCUGGUCAACAUGGAGUUGCAACUGCUACAGUUUGCGCCCGCUUCGGGUUGCAGUGCAUUAUAUAUAUGGGUGCCCAAGAUAUGGAGAGGCAAGCACUCAACGUUUUCAGAAUGCGUCUUCUUGGAGCCGAGGUUAGACCAGUGCACUCUGGAACAGCAACAUUGAAGGAUGCUACAUCCGAGGCUAUCAGGGACUGGGUGACAAAUGUGGAAACAACCCAUUACAUUUUGGGUUCUGUUGCUGGGCCUCAUCCAUACCCGAUGAUGGUCAGGGAGUUCCAUGCAGUGAUUGGUAAGGAAACCCGGAGACAAGCUGUUGAAAAAUGGGGCGGAAAACCAGAUGUGCUUGUUGCCUGUAUCGGGGGAGGAUCAAAUGCCAUGGGACUCUUCCAUGAAUUUGUUGAUGAUAAGGAUGUUCGGUUGAUUGGCGUGGAGGCUGCAGGUUUCGGCUUGGAUAGUGGUAAACAUGCUGCCACUUUAACUAAAGGGGAGGUUGGCGUGUUGCAUGGGGCCAUGAGCUACUUGUUACAAGAUGACGAUGGGCAAAUAGUUGAACCCCACUCGAUUAGUGCAGGCUUGGACUACCCUGGAGUUGGACCUGAGCACAGUUUUCUGAAAGAUAUCGGACGUGCUGAAUACUAUAGCUCUACUGAUGAAGAGGCAUUGGAAGCUUUUAAAAGAUUAUCACGGCUCGAGGGCAUUAUCCCUGCCCUGGAAACAUCCCAUGCGCUGGCUUUUUUGGAGAAGCUGUGCCCAACUCUCCCCGAUGGAGCUAAGGUCGUCCUAAACUGCAGUGGCAGAGGGGACAAGGACGUUCAAACGGCCAUUAAAUACUUGCAGGUUUAGUUUUGUGAUGACAUCUCAUCUAUGUGCCAUCUUCUGUUUCAGAUUCAGUGGGGGGUUUUACAUCGGAUUCUUAAAUUGCUUUCAACAGCUUUAAAGAACAGAUUUUGAUGUGCUUUUUGUUUCUUGUAUUAUAUGACAUCAGAUCUGAAUAUAGUUCUGUUUUCAAUUGGCAUUCAA